AUGGCGGGCGGGACCGGGGGGCGCCGCGGGGCGCAGAGCGGCGGCGCGGCGGGGGGCGCGGGGCGGCGGGCUGAGGAGGCGGCGGGCCGCGGGGCGCCGGAGGAGGAGGAGGAGCGCGGCGGCGGGCGGCCACGCCAGGCCUGGCCCGCGGGGGCGGGCGGGCUGGGGGCGCGGGGGCGCCGGCCGAGCCGGCCGGGCCCUGGAGCGGCCGGCGGGGCGGCGAGGCGGGCCGCGCUCGCGCUCCGCGUCGGCCUCCGCUCGGCUCGCGGCCCCGAGGCGGCGGCUGCGGCGGCGGCACCAGCAGCGGCGGCCGCCGGCCGGGAAAGGGGCAGCGGCGGCGGCGGCGGAGCGGCCGCCGCCCGGCCCGGGGCCGCCCAGCCUCACAGCGCCCCCUGCAGCGCGGGGGGACCGGCCGGGCGGCGCCGACCCCGCCCCCGGCCCCGCCCCCGGCCGCCCGCCACCCCGAGCCCCCUCCCAGAGCUGCCCCGCCGACCUGCGGCGUGGUGCGCCCGCCACAGGGUCUUCCCCCCCCCGCGGACCGCUGCCUUUGAGACUUGCGGGUCGUGGGCCCUUUCAGGACUGUCCUGGCGACCCCUACCUCAAGCCCUCCACCCUCUCGUCAUCCAGAGUUUGCCCGCCCCGUACCGACCCCGUUCUGACCCUCCUGUCGACCAACCCGUCCCCAUCAAGCCCCUCCCAAAUUAG